CCCGAACUCGCGCAACAUCACCGAUUCUCCCACGACGCUCCCUCUUUUGCAUCUGCAAUUGAAUCCUCCCCGAGUUCGUUCGCACGACCACCACGCCCAAGAUGCCUUCUCCCUCCCGCGUUGGUACUCAGUACCCUCCUACCUUCCGCAGCAAGUUCGGCCCCAAGUACACCACGGUGCCCAACGUUGCCGGCUGGACCGUUUCCCAGGUCAUCAAGCUCGGAGUCCGUGCUGGUGGUUUCGGCGCCGCCGCCGGCAUUGCCGCCCUCUUCUUCACCUCUGGCAUUCCCAGAAUCCAGACUGAUAUCCUCAUGAAGAUUCCCGUCCUCGGCCAGACCUACGUCAAGGACAUCCCCGCCUCUGACAACCCUUUCUAAAUGCACAACGUGGCCUGGAUGCCCUUUACCAGAGUAGACAAUGGAAAGGCGGCAUUGCAGGGCGGUGUUGUGAGACUAGGGAUUGCCCUCCCCUUUUGGGCAUGUAUAAAAGACACAAUAGAUUCUUGAACUUCAGCUGGUGUUUGACAAACGAGUGACUUGUCUAGUGCCAUGAGUCGAUGCAUGUUUACUUUGAAAGUACAAGGCUUUUGAAGUGUUACAGCAUGUAAUAGACAAGACUCAAUGCAGCAAAAGACACUUUCCAAAAAGACAGCAGCUAGAAUUAUGUGUACUCCAAUUCCAUUGAG